CUGGGCAGGCGGCAGCCCCACCCUGCCCAGGGCAAGCCACCCCAGGCCUCAGUCUGCCCCAGGGGACCGCCAUGAACACCACGGGGCCCCCGGCAGAGGCCCCCGAGUCCUGCCAGCAGCUGGUGGCCAGUGGGCACAGCCGGCUCAUCGUCCUGCACUACAACCACUCGGGCAGGCUGGCCGGGCGGGGCGGGCCCGAGGAGGGGAGCCUGGGGGUCCUGCGGGGCAUCUUCGUGGCCGUGAGCUGCCUGGUGGUGCUGGAGAACCUUCUGGUGCUGGUGGCCAUCGUGACCCACAUGCGGUCCCGGCGCUGGGUCUACUACUGCCUGGUCAACAUCACGCUCAGUGACCUGCUCACUGGUGUGGCCUACCUGGCCAACGUCCUGCUGUCAGGCGCCCGCACCUUCCACCUGGCGCCCGCCCACUGGUUCCUGCGCGAGGGUCUGCUCUUCAUGGCGCUGGCUGCCUCCACCUUCAGCCUGCUCUUCACCGCCGGCGAGCGCUUCGCCACCAUGGUGCGGCCGGUGGCCGAGAGCGGGGCCAGCAAGCGGGGCCGGGUGUACGGCUUCAUCGGGCUGUGCUGGCUGCUAGCCGCCCUGCUGGGCCUGCUGCCCCUGCUCGGCUGGAACUGUGUGUGCGCCUUCCAGCGCUGCUCCAGCCUGCUCCCGCUCUACUCCAAGGCCUACAUCCUCUUCUGUGUGGGGGUCUUCGCCUGCAUCCUGGCGGCCAUCAUGGCGCUCUAUGGGGCCAUCUUCCGGGUGGUGCGGGCCAACGGACAGAAGGCCCCCCGGCCCCCCUCCCGCCGCAAGGCCCGCCGGCUGCUCAAGACGGUGCUCAUGAUUCUGGUGGCCUUCGUGGUGUGCUGGGGCCCGCUCUUUGGCCUGCUGCUGGCCGAUGUCUUCAGCUCCACGGACUGGGCGCAGGAGUACCUGCGGGGCAUGGACUGGAUCCUGGCGCUGGCCGUGCUCAACUCUGCCGUGAACCCCCUCAUCUACUCCUUCCGCAGCCGGGAGGUGUGCCAGGCCGUACUGGCCUUCCUCUGCUGCGGGUGUCUCAGGCUGGGCCUGCAGGGGCCCAGGGACUGCCUGGCCCAGGUCAGUGAGGCCCACUCCGGAGCCUCCACCACGGACAGCUCGCUGAGGCCCAGGGACAGCUUUCGGGGCUCCCGGUCGCUCAGCUUUCGGAUGCGAGAGCCCCUGACCAGCAUCUCCAGCGUGCGGAGCGUCUGAGCCACAGCAGGGACCCGUGUUCCGGGGGGCCGGGAGCACACCGGGAGUGGGGGGGCUCUGAUGGAGAGGCAGGAACAGGGCAGCCGGCUGGGCAUGUGUCCCGAGGCCCCACGGUUCCCCUCACAGCACCUGGGCCCGCUGACGCCAAGCAGGUGUCCCAUGGUCUCCCUGGAGGAGGCGGCUGCUCACCGGAACAGGGAGGGUCCUGGAGUGGGGGUGAGUGGGUUUACUAUGUACGUCCCCCAGCUCCUGUGUGAUUCUGGGGAGUCCCAGCCCCUCCCCAGCCUCCGGGGGGCUCCCAGGCUAUGAGGGGCGGGCAGCAGUAGGGAUUGAUGGCCUGGCAACACGGAAGUUCAACGAUGGUUUGUCCCAGCCUCCCUCUUAUUCACCUGUGGGCACCGGGGCGAUGGCGCGGGGCAGUGGCUCAGCCGGCGGCGUGCGAGCAGGGAGGGCUGUGGGUCUGUGCAGAUUGGGGAUAUGGCUGUGACGGGGAGCAGCAGAGUGGGCGUGAGUGUGUGUGCAAGAGAGACAGAGAGAGAGGGAGGUGGGCACACAACAGGGUGUGCUGAGAGUGCUGGUGUGUCUGUGUGCACAGACACCUCGUGUGCGUGUGUGUGUGUGCAUGUGUGUGUGCAUGCACAUGUGUGAGAGCCGGUGGGAGCUGCCAGGUCGGCCCCCGCCCCUCUCCCUCACUUCCCCUUUCCCUACCCCUUCUCUCGUCUUGGGCCGCGGCAGCCUCUUCCUCAUCUCUGGCCUCUGCAUCUAUCAGGGGCCCCAUCAGGGGGCCCGCAGAGGCGCAGCCACCUGGCGCCCCCCACGCCCCACCUCAGGGAAGCUUGACCGCUCCUCUCCUGUUCCAUUUAGCACUAACUGCCUCGUCCUUCCCUCCUGUGAAAUGGGCUGAUCGGGGAUGGAACCCGUGGUGCUUGCUGUGGCAUGUGGUGUCCGGCGUGUCCCACCAAACUUCUGACGAUGGUAGGAGCGUGCUGUCCGUUUCGGGAGCCACAGUGGCCUUGAUAAAUGGCCAGUGUGGCUGUCAAAGUGAACUUUGAGUUCGUUCGCGUUUAAAUAGUCCGUGGUCCCCGUGGUGACCAUACUAGAUGGCGCAGGGGUGCACCUUCAACGCGCGCCACCUCUCCUGGGGGAAAGUUCUCUCUCUCUCCCUCCUUCCAGGCAAGCCAGUGCCUGCAAGUCUUCCUGCUGCCACCUUGCCCAGGGCUGGGGGGCAGCACUCUGCCCGCCAUCGGGCACAGGACCACUCGGCUCUGAGCCUCGGCUUCUCUGCACGACGAGGGGUGCGGAGACCCGAAGCUGUUCGCCGUGCUGGCUGGUCCCCAGCCACCAGCCACAUGUGGCUAUUUACGAUGAAUGAAAAUGAAACGAAAUGUUAAACAUUCACCUUCUUGGUGCGUCGGUCGGCUGGAGGUGCCAUGUGUCAGUGCCACAGACUGGGUGGCCUUACAGAAAUGUGUCCUCCCGUGGUUCUGGAGGCUAGAAAUCUGAAGCCGAGGUGCCCGCGGGGCUGGUGCGCUGAGGCUCCGAGGUAGAGCCUGUUCCAUGCUCUCUCCCGGAUUCUGGCGGUCUGUUGGCAUCAUCGGCGCCCCCUGGCCCCUGGAAGUCAUCCCGAUUUCUUCACGCCUUCACGAGGUGCUCUCCCUGGGCGUCUGUGCCCAAAUGACCCCUUUCUACAAGGAUGUCGGGCCCACUCUAACUACCUCCUUUCUAGCUUGAUUACCUCUGUAAAGACCCUGUCUCCAAAUCUGGUCCCUUUCUGAGGAUUUCAACAUGUGAAUUUUGAGGGGACAUGAUUCAGCCCCUAACGUCCAGUCAUGCAAGCCUCAUUUCAAGUACUCCAGAGGCACAUGGGGCCUGUGACUACUGUUUUGGAUAGUGUAGACUCAGGACAAGUCCAACAUCCGAGAACUUUGAAUAGAGUUCCGAACAUGUGUCCAGGUGCACAAUAAAUUGGGAUAUUUUUAUAUUUUCCC